UGGCAGAGAUGGGUGGAGAAGGAGCAAUCGUGAAGGCUUUACGCUCGCAAACCAGAAGCCUGUCUUUAGACAACAGUAACCUAGAGGUUUUUCCCGCCGGCAUAGGUAAACUACACUUCCUGCUCAACCUCUCCGCAAAGAAAAACUCGCUCCGGUCACUCCCGCUCGGAUUGGUCAACCUCAAAUCUCUAACUUGUCUGAAUCUCGGCUGCAACUGUCUCUCCAGCAUGCCCGAGUGCCUGGCGGAGCUGACGUGCCUCACAACUCUCCACCUUUUCAGAAACGCCAUCCAAACUCUCAACGACAAAGUCCUCUCAUCACUGAAGAAUUUGGUUCUACUGAAUUUGAAUGGGAAUCGUGUCAGAGUGUUGCCUCCAUCCAUUGGGCAACUGAGCAAUCUGCAGCAACUGAGUCUCAGUUGUAACUCCAUCUCCAGUUUACCUACAGAGCUGUUUUCACUCACGAUUCUCACUGAACUUCAUCUUGACAACAAUCAACUGACGCAUUUGCCGAUAGAGAUAGGACAGCUGAGAAAGUUGGAAAAGCUCUUUCUUCAGAAAAACCUUCUCCAAGAACUACCCACAACCAUUGGGGUGUGCCUUUCCCUCAGAGUAUUGGAUGUGUCAUGCAAUCAACUAGAAAUGUUUCCAGCCGAGCUGCAGGGACUGAAGAAACUGGACCAGUUCCACUGUGAGCAGAAUCCCCUGAUACCCAAGUUACCCAUACCCGCUGAUCAGCUCACUGAAGUUCUAUCACUAAGAGAGUUAGCCGGGAGAUUUCUGGCAGAAGAGAUCAAGAAUGAUAAUGGCCAGCUGAAAGUGGACUUGGCCAAGUAUCCAGAGCUAUACCAGUUACUGGUCAACACUGGAACCUGUGCUGUUUGCAGUCACCCAGUCAUCAACUCGUGGCUGGAGUGUGUCCAUUUUCAGAAUGCCAAAACUCUUUUAGAGCUACAAGAGGGGGACGAGAUGCCUUAUGGAAGUAGGUACGGCCCUAACUCGCUGGUAGAACUCGUCCAGAAUGCUGUCUCGGCUGGUGUUUUCCGACAACAAAGGACAAACGACGGGACGGAGGCUGUGAAACCGCUCCAAAUGUGGCAACCCGCACGCUGCACGACGUCCUGGCUGCUUCCAGAUGCCGACAAACUCUACGUCAUCAAUUUGCUCAGAAAGUGCAUCACAACAAAGUUCAAGGUUCUCUGCAAGAGAGCCGGCGUGCCUUCUAACAGUACGUGUCGAGAAUUAGCGGAGUCUGCCGAGAUAUUCAACUCGCAAACCACCGAGCCACGUGCAGUCGAUGCGCGACUAGCCGCAGCUCGCCGACUGCAGUCAUCCGCCCUGAAACAACACCAGCUCUCAUUCGGAGACUUUGUAGAAACUUUGGUUUCGUGUCGCUCGGAAUUCACUGCUGAGCAUCUCCUGCGUCAUUGCACUGAACCAGAGAGCAUUGUGAGCUUAGCCAGACUUGAAACCCGGUUUGUCCGCUCGCUAAUAUCUGCAUUCAACACGUAUUCAUCUCUACUGGAGUCCUUCUCAACAGAUGCAGAGCCGCCCAAACUCAAACCUUACCCUCACUCAGCCAAACGUCUAGCAGUGAAACCUGCCGGCCCUACAGCCAACACUCUCUCCAUUACUGCUAAUAGUAUUUUCCCAUCUGCUGCUACUGCUCAAAUUGGGAAGAGGAGUAUAAGUGAAGACGUGCUAGACAGAAUAGUGCAGGUCGUGGUCUCUGAACUGUGGAAAAAAGUGGCUGUGUGUUUGAAGCAGUGUGUGGUCACCGGUGGAGGUGAGAAUUUGGGAUGCCUUGCAAAGAAAACUGCUCAGUCUCUCGCCAGAGAACAAGAUCUCGAAGCAGCAGCAAAGUGUCUGCAGUUCGUGGCAAACAGAGCAACUAUAGAGAAAGAGCUGCGAAACUGGGACAAAGGUUUUCAGAGUAUGCUGGCCUCGUCUCAGAAGCAGGGGACUGGCAAAAAGCCCUCAAAGACAGUUGAAAUCCUAUGCAGUGAAGUCCUAGCUCCCUUACAGAGAGGACUUUCAAUGACAACAACCACUGACUUCCACACGCUCACAACACCCCAGCCAAAUAGAGAGAAUAUUGACUUUCUGACAACCUGCAGUGCCAUCAUCACGCCACUAACAAUCUCCAUUCAUGCCGCAUCCAACACUCUGAUUUGCUCGAUGGAACACAGUCUUGCUAGCUCCAGCCUUCCAGGAUUGGCUCGGUACACUUUCAGUGAAGGUCGGCGUGUUUAUCGCGGCGUGUGUGAAGUGCAACAAGAAUUAGAUAUUCGUCGCUCCCUGCCAUCACUUACUAGAUGCGAACUAGAGUACAGUAGGGUUUUUGUUGAAGGGAAACGGAUUGAAGGAAACUACAGUAGUCUACAGGCGACAGUCAACUACAUGUGUGAAGGGCUAGAGAUGGCAACUGUUGGUUUUCAUGACUUUAUGACGGAGAGAUGCAAGAAGUGCUUACAAUCGGUCUUCCCUUCGGCUAGACAUUGGAGAGCACUUGGAAAACAAAGCGGUGAGGGUGGGAGUGAGGGACCGAGUGAGUACUGUGAUGUACUGGUGGAGGAGGUCCUGAUGCCACUCACUGAGGCAGCUCUGACUCUGGAGGCUAGGCCUCAGUCAGUCUUCAUGACUCUCUCUGCCACCAUCUUCUUCACCGAGUAUCGCAGGGCCAUCCUCUCCAACAAACACACAUACAGAGUGCCAGCAGGCAGGCAGCUACAGGUCGACUGUCAUCAUCUCCACCAGUGGAUCACCUCUGAGAAACUGGGGCUACUACCACAGACACUGACCAGGCUCUCGGCUCUACCUGUGGUGACAGAGAUAGAGGAAGGCCUGCAGACCCUGUGCCGUACCAAGACUUCGGAAUUGGACCGCAACAACCAGACCACGUGCCCUACCAAGAUUUCGGAAUGGGACCCUGACAGUCAGACCACUUGCGGACUCACUGGUGGAGAAUGGAUCAAAGGACUCUCUUCUCUCUCCAUUUGGUCAGAGACAGCCUGGCACAGCCCCAAUGACUGGCUUGAGUGUAUGCUUACCUGA